AUGAUUGCAACACCACCCUCUGUAGAGCCCAGUACAGUGAUCAUCACCAGCUCAGGAUCAUCGAACGGUGAUCAUCAGUCGGAAAAUGCAAAUGAUAUGGAACAAAGACGAUAUGACCGUCAAAUGAGAGCCAUCGGAAAGGAGGCUAUGAGCCAGAUUGGAUCAGCACGAAUUUUGCUUCUCGGGUGUGGUGGUCUCGGUGUUGAAAUGAUCAAGAAUUUAAUGUUGAUGGGAUUCAAAUCAAUUACAUUGUUCGAUGACAAAUCAACAUCGUAUUUGGAUUUGAACAGUCAAUUUUAUUUGAGCGAACAGGAUGUCGGAAGGAAUAGACUUGAUGCAUCUUUUGACAAGCUCUAUGAACUGAACCCGUACUGUAAAUUGGAAAAACUGAGCCAGGAAACUGUCAUUGACGAGGAACUCAUCACCAAAUUUAAUAUUGUGAUCUGUACUGAUGACAUUGUUGUUUCAGACAAAGUUGUUCAAAUUAAUCAGAUCUGUCACGAAAACAGCAUCAAAUUUAUUGCUGGAUACACUUGUGGAUUAUUCGCUUCCUGCUUUGUUGAUUUCGGAAAAGAGUUUACAGUUAAAGAUCCUGAUGGUGAACCUCCAUCUCAUGGUAUUGUUUCUGGAAUUGAGAUUGUUGAAAGAAAUGGUGUUAAAGUUGCAAUUGUCAACACCAAGGAUGAAACUCAACCUGAACCUCACAAUCUUUCAAACGAUGAUGUUGUAAAAUUCCACUCUAUUGAAGGAAUUUCUCAUCUCAAUGACAAAGAAAUACGAAUUAAGGUUGUUGACGUUUAUAGAUUUGAGCUUGUUGAUGUAGACGUGUCAUCUUGUGGAAACUAUACUCAAGGAGGUUACUACAGACAAAUCAAACAACAGAAAGAGUUGCAAUUUAAGAGUUUAAAACAAUCCAUGGCAGAUAUUCAUGCAGGUUUACAUGAUGAUAUUUGCUCAACUUUCCUUUUGUACAACUUUGCAGUUAUGGACUAUCCUCUCAAGUUACAUUACUUUUUACUUGCACUUAACGCAUUCAUUUCUCAAAAGGGAAGACAGCCAAGAAAUUACGACUCUGAAGAUGCAAGAGAAUUAAUUUCUAUUGCUAAAAAGAUUUUGCAAAGCUCCAACGAAAGACAAGGCUGUGAGCACUUAAUCGAUGAAGGAUUAUUUUCUCUUCUGUGCUUUACUACCACUGGUCCACUCAACCCAAUGUGUACAAUGUUAGGUGGCUUACUUGCUCAGGAAGCUCAAAAAGCAUGUACUGGAAAGUUUUCACCUCUAUUCCAAUGGUGUAACUUUGAGUCCAUUCGUUCUAUUCCCGAUUCUAUUCGUGUACCUAUUUUACAAAAUCCAAGUGCAAAUGUCUCUGAGCUUCUUAAUAGUUUAGAUAUGGACGUUAGGGCCAAGAACAACAGAUAUGACGCACAAAACAUGUUGUUCGGUGCCGACUAUCAACAAGCUCUUACCAACCAACAAACUUUCCUUGUCGGAGCUGGAGCCUUGGGAUGCGAAUAUAUCAAGAACUUUGCUUGUAUUGGAUUAGGUGCUGGCCCAAGAGGAAAGCUCACCGUCACAGAUAUGGACAGUAUUGAAGUAUCAAAUUUGAGUAGACAAUUUCUUUUCAGAGAAGAGCACGUGGGCAAAAUGAAGAGCGAGUGUGCCGCCAAGGCAGCUCAAAAGAUGAACCCUUCCCUCAAUUUACUUGCCAUGUGUGACAGAGUGGGAAAAGAAACAGAAAAUGUGUUCGAUGCUGGCUUUUGGAGUGAUUUAAAUCUAGUUGUAAAUGCUCUGGAUAACUUGGAGGCUAGAUUGUAUGUUGACUCAAAAUGCGUCUAUUACAGAAAGCCGCUGCUAGAAAGUGGAACUCUUGGAACAAAGGCAAACAGUGAAAUUAUCAUACCGUAUAUUACCAAUAACUAUGGAAAACACAAAGAUCCACCUCAAAAGCAAUAUCCAGAAUGUACGAUUCAUAGAUACCCAAAUAUGAUUCAACACACCAUUUCAUGGGCAAAGGCUUUCUUCCAGUCUUCUUUCACCAAAUCUAUUGAAGAAGCAAAACUUUUCUUGAAAAAUCCACAAAAUUUCUUUGCGGAAAAAGGAAAUAAUAUUGUCACAUUAGAAUCUGUUUCACUUUAUCUGUGUCAACGUCCGAGAAGCUUUGAAGAUUGUUUGAGCUGGAGCAGAAUCAAAUUUGAGGAAUUAUUUAAUCAUGCCAUGAAGAACAUUUUGUUGACCUAUCCUGAAGACUUUGUUACAAAAUCUGGAGCAAGAUUUUGGAGUGGCUCCAAGAAGUGUCCACAUCCUUUAGAAUUUUCAGUUGAUGAUGAGACUCACAUGAAAUUUGUGUAUUAUGGAGCUCUUCUUUAUUCAUCACUAUUUAACAUUCCAGCUCCUGGAGACGCACGCGCCAACCAUUUACAAUUUUUCAACAUGAAUAAGCAGUACAUUAGAGAAAUUUUGACUCGAACCGUGUUGCCUAAAUAUAUUCCAAACCCAAUCAGUAGAGACGAUGACGACGCAAAGGAUUCCCAUAAUACAACUCAAAAACCACCUGAAUUAACAGAAGAAGAGCUUAAAAAACAACAACAAGAUAUUGAGUUUUACGUAAAGAGAAUGCGAGACGACUUGACAUAUAUUGCAGAGAAAAUUGACAGCGAUCGUGCUUUGGCCGAGACAGAGUUUUUCCUCAGUGACGUUGACUUUGAAAAAGAUGACGACUUGCACAUGGAAUUUGUGACCAGUGCCAGCAAUUUGAGAGCAAGAUGUUACAACAUUCCAGAAGUUGAUGUCUAUGAAACAAAAGGUAUUGCUGGAAGCAUUAUUCCUGCCAUGAUCACUACUACAGCUCUCAUUACUGGUUUAGUUGGAUUGGAACUGUACAAAAUCCUUGAUAUUAACAUUCCAAACUUGAAAGGAACUCUUCCUACUGAACAAGAAAAGGAAAAGUUCCUUGAACGAUUCAGUAACUCAUACGUCAACAUUGGCAUACCAUUCAUCACACAGUCAGACCCAAUGCCAUGUAGAAAAGAUGUUGCCAAUAAUAAGUAUGAUAUUUGGGAAACCAUUGACGUUUCUAAACAACAAGACAAUGUAGAAACUUUGAAUGACUUGAUUUCACAUCUACAAACGGUUACAAGUCUCAAUGUGACAAGUAUCACCUAUGAAGGAGCCAUUCUCUACACUUGCUUCAUGUCUGAGGAAACCAAACAAAAAAGAAUGACCUUACCACUCGACAAGCUACUGAAUAGUAUAUUUAAGGCUGAAAAAGCAAAAUCUGUUUUCAAUUUGGGAGUACUUGCUAUGGAUUUGAAAUCUACCGAUUCAGAUAUCAUUGCCCUACCGACUGUUGUUUAUUCUGCAGAGAAGGCUCGUGUUUCUGAUGAAGAAAAACGAAAGCUCUUGUUGGAAAAGAAGAAACAAUUGCUCAAGCAAAAGCAACAACAACAACCUUCCUCUGAGUAG